AUGGUACUGAGUCAAAUUAGAAGUAAACAUUUCCAAAGACUUAGGCUUACUCAUUUUGUGUGUCCUGACUGUGUAUACGAAUCAACUAAUCAAGCUUCCCUCAUAAUACAUUUACAAGAAAAGCAUCAUGAUAAUAUUAUUUGUCCAAAUUUCCAAUGUGGUCAAAAAUUUGAUAAAAUUUCCCAAUGCUUUUCUCAUCUCAAUAGCCGUCAUAGAAGGGAGGGAAACUUCAAGCAAUAUCAGUUCAUGUUGAUCAAAUGUUGCAACAACCCCCAUUCACGAUUGUUUAAUUACAAUGGUUACAAGUAUAAUCCAACAGAAGAGUUUUAUUUUGAAUUCCAUUCAGAGGAUUAUUUAAGAAACUUUUUUGGCUAUCGUUAA